UCAGUGUCACUCUUGUUUUUGUAAAUUUAAUAAACAGGUGCCUUUUUUAAAUGCAAGAAAUAUUUGUAUUUGCAUUUAAUUAAAUAUUUCUUAAAAUUAGUGACUUUUAAUUUAAUGCAUAAAGAUGUCGUCAGCACGUGUUAGCUCACAGAUUUUCAAGAAUUUAUUAUCAAAAAAUGGAAUCCGUGGAAUGUUAUCACAAAGGUACAUGACCUAUUAUCCCGUCAAUGACCAAGUCUAUGGAUUAGAUGAAGAAAAACAAAAGCUAAGGGAGACGGCUUUCAAUUUCUUCCAAAAAGAAUUGGCACCAUUUGCUCAUGAGAUCGAUAAGAAUGAUAAUUUCAAAGAUUUGCGUGCUUUUUGGCAAAAAAUGGGAAGUCUUGGUUUCCAUGGAAUAACUGCCGACCCAGAGUUCGGGGGAACUGGUGGUUCCUAUCUUGAUCAUUGCAUUAUAAUGGAAGAAAUUUCCAGAGCUGCUGGAGGUGUUGCUUUAUCUUAUGGAGCUCAUUCUAAUCUUUGUAUAAAUCAGUUAACGAAAAAUGGAACACUUGAGCAAAAGCAACAAUAUUUGCCAAAGCUCUGCAGUGGAGAGCACAUUGGAGCUCUGGCUAUGUCGGAACCUGGUUCUGGCAGUGAUGUGGUCUCAAUGAAGCUACGAGCUGAGAAGAAAGGAGAUUAUUAUGUUCUAAAUGGGACUAAAUUCUGGAUUACAAAUGGAUCUGAUGCAGAUGUCUUGAUUGUCUAUGCAAAAACUGCAACUGGCACCGCUGAUAAACAUGCAAUAACCGCAUUCAUAAUUGAAACUGCUUGGGAGGGUUUUAGUGUGGGUAAGAAACUAGACAAAUUAGGAAUGCGUGGAAGCAGUACAUGUGAGCUGGUGUUCCAGGAUUUGAAAGUCCCCGCGAAGAAUAUUUUGGGUACUCUGAACAAAGGCGUCUAUGUCCUAAUGUCUGGUUUGGAUCUAGAACGUCUCGUUCUGGCAGCAGGACCUGUGGGAAUUAUGCAAUCUGCUUGUGACUUAUCAUUUGACUAUGCUCAUCAAAGGAAACAGAAAAAUCAGCUUAUUGGUGAAUUUCAAUUGAUUCAAGGCAAAAUGGCAGAUAUGUACACAACUCUAAGUGCUUGUCGUUCGUAUUUAUACAGUGUAGCAAGAGCAGCCGAUCUGGGACACACCAGUCCAAAAGAUUGUGCCGGAGUUAUUUUGUAUUGCGCAGAGAAAGCAACUCAAGUCGCAUUGGAUGCAAUACAAAUUCUUGGAGGAAAUGGAUAUAUUAACGACUAUCCCACUGGACGUUUUCUGAGGGAUGCUAAACUUUAUGAAAUUGGUGCUGGUACUUCGGAAAUUAGGCGUUGGUUAAUUGGAAGGGAACUCAACAAAGAGUAUUCCUAAGCAAAUUAAAUUGGUUGUUAAAAGUGAUUUUGGUACAUUCAAUUGAAAACCUUUAAGACUUUAAAGUUGCAUUUAUUCUUCUAUUGUUAGUCAUUUAAGAUAUUGUUGGAAAAAAUAUAUUUUUUAAAAUUUUUACUGCAA